UUGAUUGCUCAUUCAGAUCAUAAUUAUCAAGAAAAACUGUCUCUAAUGACCUUGUUAUGAUUUCGUCUUUGCAAACUCCUUUAUCUCUCCUUCUUCUGCCUUAUGGUACAUUUCGGGCUUCAGCUAAAGAGGGCUUAUUUCGCACAGGCUCGAGCUUUCCCUCUAUCUGCCCCAAAUUUUGUACGAUUUUUAUAAAAUUCUCGCUUUUUCCGCCAGGAAUGCGCUUUUUAGAGGUCAGAAUCGUGACGUCACAUUUGUACAUAAAUACGCUUAAUUACUUUAUGGUUCCGGCUUUCCCAUGGUUGAUGCCUUCAAGAUGUAAUUUUGUCUGGGUACACUGCUGGGGCCAGUUCCACAACACAUUUCUGGUUUUAAACACGUUUAGGCGUUAAAUCUAUUUAGAUAAUCAGUUUUAUAGAAACAGCGCACAAUAUAAGUUUAUAACUUUUUAAACUAAACUUUUUAAUGAAAUGAAAUUAUUGAAGCCACACUUUCGUUUUAGUCAGCACAUUUUCUGCUUUUGCAAAACGUUUAAAUUUGCUGAUUACGAACAGUUUUUAUCCUAGCCCCUGAUGUGAGUGUUGUUAACCUCUUUCUGUCUGAGUGCACCUCGAGACCGGAAAAAGGGGUAUUUACCCAAUUUGGGGAACUAAUAUCCUGUACUAAGCUUUACCCAGUCGUUAGUCAACAGUUUUGCAGCCCACUACGCCUUUAAGUAACACCUUUACUCUCCUGUAGAGAAUCACUCGGUAUCAAUUACCUCUGAAACCGUGAGCUGACUUCAACCACAGACUUCAGUGCAUGACGUGUGGCGGGUGCUCCGCUCGUUAGGACUGGGCUGGAGACUUCUCCUAACGGCCUUACCCUCCUGCGAUCACAUUCAUCAAGCUCGGUGCGAAAUGUAUCGCUUUCUGCCGUUAGACCGUCCUGUCUGAUAUCGUUUCUGCCUUGUUUACUUUUGUUCAUCUUCAUCCCCAAUGCUUCUCUAGCAACAAGGACGGUGGCUGCUGCAGCUCAGUGUCUGUGAUGCUUGAUUUUCUACUGGCGCCUGCCUUGACAAGUGUCUUCUGUCCGAGAGAUUUUUCACGUUCACAGGAAACCAAAUCCCAUUGGCGCUUGAGGGACCGCGUUUCACUCCAGUGUCUGUCUUUCGUGUCUGGACUUCAUCAAGGAAGCUGACAUCUCUCCCCCAUUGCGCUUGCCCUCCCAUAUCUCCCCAGCCCUCAUCCUGCCUCCUUCCUUCCGGCCUGGCGAUGCGGUGUCGGGGUGGUUGCCAUAGCAAUGCACGCGACGUGCAUGUUUGGUUCUGCUAGUAGGGUCCGGCCGUCUGGGUUCUUUCAAGUUUCGCUUUGUGCAAACGAUGAGAAGCAAUCACUGACAGCCAGAAAAAAACUCAUAACUUAAACAAACAUGGCGGGACUGGAUCUGCAGGCGUCGGUCAUCUCUGAACAAACUUUGUUUAGCCUUCAGCUUGCAGAUUCAGACAGCCAGUCAUGGCAGCCUCAGGUGACCGUCGCUUCAGCUUUCAGACCGGCCACAAGAACUCCUUCGGUGCCAUUGACUACGUCAUUUUCGCAGCGACGCUGGCGGUCUCUGCCGGUGUCGGCAUCUUCUACGCCAUCAAAGACCGGAAGCGGAAGAACAUCAAGGACUUCCUGCUGGCCGGGGGCAACAUGCACGUCGUCCCCGUGGCUAUGUCGCUGAUCGCCACGUUCAUGUCGGCCAUCACCAUGCUGGGCACGCCGGCCGAGAUGUACAACUACACCACCAUGUACCUGUACAUCGGCCUCGGCUACCUGCUGUGCAUGGCGGCCUCGGCGCACAUCUUUGUACCCAUCUUCUACAACUUGAAGCUGACCAGCGCUUACGAAUACCUUGAGAAACGAUUCAGCAGAGGAAUUCGAACCCUGGGAACAAGCCUCUUCACAGUGCAAAUGAUUGUUUACAUGGCCAUUGUUCUCUAUGCACCGUCGUUGGCUCUAAACGCUGUUACUGGACUAUCGCUGUGGGGCUCCGUUGUUGCAGUAGGCAUUUGCUGCACUUUUUACACGACGCUGGGCGGCAUGAAGGCUGUGUUGUGGACGGACACAAUCCAGGUGGGCUUGAUGGUGGCUGGACUGCUGGCCGCUCUCAUCCAGGGUUGCAUCGAACUUGGGGGCCUCUCCAGAGCCUGGAGGAUUGCAACGGAAGGGGGAAGAGUGGACUUUUCUGAUUUUCGUGCAGACCCUAAGGUACGCCAUAGUUUUUGGGCCCUUACUCUGGGCGGCGCUGUAAUAUGGAUUUCUAAUUACGGAACCAAUCAGGCCCAAGUUCAGCGUGCGCUCACGUGUGGAAGUCUAAGGCAUGCUCAGAUAGCCCUGUGGAUCAACGUACCAGGCCUGUUAAUCAUCCUGGGACUGAGCUCCUUGGCAGGAAUCGUCAUGUAUGCCUUCUACAGCUCCUGUGAUCCACAGCAGUUUGGACUUGUGUCUGGAAAUGACCAGCUGUUUCCGCUUUUCGUGAUGGACGUGCUGGGCCAUCUGCCAGGGCUGCCUGGUCUCUUUGUGGCCAGUAUCUUUAGCGGAUCCUUGAGCACCAUGUCCUCUGGCCUCAACUCUCUGGCAGCAGUCAUCCUCCAGGACAUUCUGCGCCCUUACUUUCUGCGCGGCAUGUCUGAAGAAAGGGCAACUCUCUGCUCACGAGCAUUAGCCGUCACCUUUGGUAUCUUGUGCCUCGCUAUGACGUAUGUGGCUUCCAAGCUUGGCGGAAUCUUGCAGGCAGCGCUUGCAUUGUUCGGCAUGUUGGGGUGUCCGAUGUUGGGACUCUUCACUCUCGGCGUCUUCUUCCCCUGGGCAAAUACCUGGGGAGCAUACGCAGGUUUGUUCUCGAGCCUGGCGAUCAUGCUUUGGAUUGGCGUGGGCGCCUUUACAGUCAAAGUCAAGCCCGCUCUCUCCAUCCGACGCACACACGGGUGCAACUGGAACCUGACCAAUCUCAGCUCCUUGGCCCCGUGGAUGGCCUGACCGCAUUUGACCGAAAUGGCACGUUGUCCUCUCAGGGUGCUGGCGGCGCCAUAUCUCUAAACAUGACGACUUCCGCUUCCGGUCUGAACGUCAGCUUGGCUGAGGCAACAGAGACAAGCGCCUUGGAAGAACUGUAUCAACUCUCGUAUCUCUGGUACGGUAUUCUUGCUGUGUCUGUUGUCGUUGUUGUCGGUCUAACCGUCAGUUUUGUCACAGGCUGUCUGGACCCCAAGGAAGUCGACCCUCGCCUGGUGCAGCCAGUCUGCAGUGUUUUCUGUCCUUUCCUCCCCAAGGCUUGUCUGCAGUACCUCCACUGCGGAGUUCAACAUCACAAGAGGGAUGAGUGGGAUCGACGGGAAGAGAAACAACGCCAACGCGACGCAAAGGUGAAGGUGACCUUUCUGGAACCUGAAGUGGAAAUGAAGUCCUUCCAGAAAGAGGAUGUCAUCUUUGAGUUGGAGACUGUUCGACUGCACCCAGUUUCUAGCUGACGAGCAUGAAGAUUUUGUGGACGUCACUACAACUGGCUCCAGAAUCUACUCAUAACAACCAUCCACACCUUCUCAUUUUCCGCAUUCCUGUUAUACUCUGAAGACUUGUUUUCGUUCACAAAACAGGUUUUUUUUUAAAAAAAGAUUCUAAUAAACAUGUUACAUUAUGUUGUGGCAA